AUGGAAAAUUCAUUGUUAGUUGUUCAAUCAAGUUCAUCUCUUCUAACGUUUCCUACUGAAAUUCUUCAUCGUAUUUUGGAUCAACUCAAUAUUGAAGACAUACUAUUUUCAUUUCGUUAUGUUUGUACAAGAUUUUAUUCUAUUACAAAUAUUUACAAUCGAUUAACAAUUAAAAUUUCGGAUCAUCAAAAUGAAACUUCUGCUUAUCGUUUGUAUCGAAUGAUUUCACCAGAAAAUGUAACAUCAUUGAUUCUUCGAAAGAUCUAUGGAAACACUAAAUCGAAUAAUAUUGAUUGGUUUUUUUCAUUUUUUAAUAUUCAUCAAUUUACUAGACUUUGUUAUGUUUAUCUUGAAAGUAUGAAUGAAAAUGAUUUUCGCAUGAUAAUAUGUCAUUUGACAACUCUCUCUACAUUCCAAUCAUUAAAAAUCUUCGAUAGAAGAAUUCUUAAAAAUGAUACAAUCAUUCUUCUUUCAAUGGUUAUUGCAUUGCCAAGUCUUCGAAAACUCGAUUUGGAUAUUAGUUCUCGAAUUAUCGAUCAAAUUUCAUGGCCAAAUGAUGGAAAAGUUCGAGAAUUGAAAUUAAGAAAAUGUUCCUAUAAACAAUGGUGUCAUAUUUUUUAUCAUUCACCAAAUCUUCGAAUCAUCUCUACAGCAGAUAUUGAUAUGAGUAAUAUUAACAAAACUAUUCCUUCAAUUACUACAUAUCAACAAUUAACAUCUUUGACAUUAAAUGAUAUAUUAUUUUCGAUCGAUGAACUUGAAAUUCUUCUUAUAUCUCAUCCAUCACUUAUUUAUUUCAAUUUAACAGCAAAUAAUAUUUCUUCAUUUCAAAGUCUACGACGUUUUUCACAAUGGGAAUUUUUUAUUCGUGAGAAAUUACCUCGACUUAAACAUUUUCAUUUUCAAAUUUCUACUCGAAUGUCUUAUCAAGAUUUAAGAAGUAUGCAAUCAAUUAUUGCUGCAUAUCGAACAUCAUUUUGGAUUGAACAUAAACGUUGGUAUGUUAUAUUUCAAUAUGUCAUUAAUGAUGAAGGAUCUCGACUUAUUCUUUAUUCUUCCAUCGAUGGACAUGUUGAUUUUUGGCAAAAUUUCAAGAAAGGUUUUAUAUCGUAUUUCACUUCUACUACAAAAGAUGAUGAUAAACCAAACAUGCAAAAUAUGUGGAAUGCUCUCUUCAAUUUAACUGAUAUCGAACAAGCUAUUAGUUUUCGUCAUUUCAAAAUUCCAAAGCAUUAUUUAUUUGAUAAUGUAAUUCGACUUGGACUUGAUAUCGAUUGGUAUGAAGAUUGGCAACGAUCUGGUUCAUUCGAACUUCUUUCAAAAUUAAUUAAAUUUUCACAGCUAAAAGAAGUUUGGUUUUUAUUAUCAUGUAAACAAACAUUGCAAGCAAGUAAAAUCAAUACUAUAGUAGAAAAAGCACCCAAUGUUCAUACUUUUGGAAUACGGAAUAACGGUAGUUUACGAGGAAAUAUAGAUGAAGAAUGUGCUGCCAUAUCUAGUCAUAUUGAACAUCUCAUAAUACAUUCACUAGAUAUUAACGCCAUGAAAUUGAUCCUUGAACGUGUUGAACAUUUGUCUAAGAUUACAUUUAAAUGCGAUUGGAGUUCAUCAACAACAUGGAUAAAAAUGAUUACGUGGCUUCGUGAAAAAGAAAAAAAGUUCUUAGUAACGUCUGAUCAUCGAUCUCUUCAAGUAUGGUUAAAAGAGAAUAUUGGUAAAUCGUCAGAAGUCGAAAAUAUGAACUGAAUCAAUUAACUAUUAAUAUGGUUCAUCGUCUUUCGAUUUAAAACAUGUUUUGAUUGUGAUUUCUCAGAUUUUUUUAUUUAUUAUCUUUGUCUUUUUGGGAAUCGCAAAUAAAAAAGAAAAGUUUGGACAUUAACGUUAAAAUAUGUUCUUUACUCUGUCGACUAUCCUGAUUGAAUUUUUUUAAUCCAAAAAUAAUAGAAUAAUAUUUGAUUGUAAAUUAGAAUUAAAAAAAAGUGAGUGUGGUUGCUGGUCUAUCUCCAUGAGACAUGUGUAGGAUGAUGGUAUCAGCAAAGAAAAGACCAAUAGUCGUACCCACACCCUACAAGUGAGUAGGCAUAGUAGUUUUUUUCCAUUUCAAAUUCUCAGGCUUUUUCAAAAACAUAUUAUCAUCUGAAUAUAUAUUAUUCUAUGUAAUACUGUGGCUUAUCAUCAGAAAAUUCAUACAAAUUGAAAUAAUAAAGAUUUUUGAAUAUCCAAAAAUAAUCGACUUUGGAUGUGAGGUGUGGAUAUGUAGGUGUGGGUGGGUCUGAGGGGCUCACUCUCAAAAAAGACACAAUUUUUGUUUAGUACAAAUGACUUUGAAACGUUGCUGCUAUUUAAAGUAUCUAUAGCUAUUUAAACAUCUGCAUAAACAUUUAAGUUUUCUAUAGCUUUUUAAUUACUCGCAUAUUUUUAAGCAUUUAAAUAGUUAUUGGAGUAGUGGCAUAAGUAUUUAAAUCUUACAUAGCUACUCAAACAGUUGCUUGAGUAUUUUUGCGCUCCGUAGUUAUUUAAACCUUCUAUUGCCAUUGAAAUAUUUCUAUGAUGCCUAUUUAAUAUUAGAUACUCGUAAACAUCAGCAGGAAUAGCUUUUUAAUUCGAAACAUUAUUUGAUGAUUAGCAGUAAAAGUCUAUAUAUUGGUAUUGUGGUUUAACUGAGAAUGAACGAUUUUUUCAACGGUACGUAUCUUUUCGAGCAAGAAUGGGGGCGAAAUGAAGGGUGAAAACGGCUUGGGCGUCUGAUGAGUGUGAGCUUGAGUGCAUGAACGGUUAAUCAAUGUUACAGUCACACUCCACACCCAUGUCCACGGCUAUCCAUCCUAUCAUUCUGUAUCAAUAUAAAUAUUGUUCAUGGUGUGGGUGUGGGCGUUAAUGUCUGGGUUGGUAUGAGUGUCGGGUGGGUGGGGGUCCGUACCAAGAAAAGACAUCCCUAUCUCGACACCCACACCUUCUCACAGAAACAAGGUUACGAUCGUUACUAUCAUAGAGGAUGACGUCUAGGUGACAAUAUUUCAAAUUAAGAGUUUAUUCAACUAAUAUUUCUAUAGACAACCAACAUUUUUAAUCAUUCAAACGAAUAUAAUACCUAUAGUAGAUUAAUGUGUUACAAAUGAAUGAUCGUAACGAGACGGUUCUAUUCAGUAAUAUUGCUUCAUAUGAGAGAAAUUGCUGACUGUGUUAUGUGAUAAAAAGAAAGGGAGGAAUAACGAACGGUAUUAGGAUAGUUUAGUCUUAGUACUUUGUUUCUUUCAAAAUAACAGACAAGUAUAACGAAAAGCAACUGUAAUUUUACGAAUUUUCAAUCAUCAAUACGAAACUCUCACUCCAGUAUCUGGCAUGUUUGAAAUUCAUUCGUCUAGUCAAGAAAGAAUAUAAGAUCAGAUGAUAAGUACCAGUAGCGUAACCAGGGGGAGGGCAAAUGGGUAAUUGCCCAUUUCAUUUUAAGAUUUGCCCAUUGUAAUUUUAAAAAAUAACAAUUCCCAAUUGUAAUUUUACUUCUUCAGAAUUUUUUACUUCUUUGCUGCUGUAACAAUGGGGAAACAGUUUGUUUUUUAUUUUAAAUCAGAAAAAAAUUGAAAAAAAUCAAAAAAAUCUCAUUUUAGCUGUUUUCCUCUUGUGCUGCAUACAUCUAUAGCGAUCUCGAUAUAAAUCUAGAUAAAACAUUGAAAUUAUAUGCAGAAAUACAUCAUCGUCGUCUUGAUUUUGGUGUUUGCAUUUGAAAUAUAAAUCUUAUAAAUAGAGACAUUAAAAAUAGACUAGACGCGUAUGACUCAGGCUGAAGAUCUCUACAUCCCUCAAAAAUCAAUCUCAUUCCAGGAACAUUCGAAUUCCAUGACAUUUUGAGAAUAUGUUGUGGUUGUAGUGGAGAAGCUAUGGUAAAAUUUUCAACUCUAUAUCAUGACGAUUGACAGACAUUUAUCAAAAAAGGUUCAAAAAUAGCUGAUUCAGCAUCUCGAAUUUCUCGAUCGAGACUCUUCAAAGAUAUUUAUUUUUCUUUUUUUGGUUGAAAGAGCAUGUCAGGAUGCAGGACACCAAAGACUCAUUUUUUUUGAAUUCUUAUUUUCGGAAGGAGAGAAGGAAUUACAAGUUUAAUAAGUCUAAAAACUCUAAAACUAAAAUUCAAUUUAUUCAAGUGAUCGUAUAUAUAAGAGAAAAAAACUUAAUUAAAAAGAAGGACUCUUUGGUGCUGCACAUUUUGACAUACUAUUUCAAACAAAAAUAAUUAAAUGCAUACAGGGUGGUCCAAAGGUAACUGAAGGGUGUGGGGUGUGGGUGUGGGGUAGGGGUGUGGGG